AUGUAUCUCCCGCCUUCAAAUUUCACCUUUACCAUCCCCUCCGUUUAUGACGGUACCCAUCUCGACUGCCGCAUCUAUCUACCCCGCGAACUCCAGCAGUCAGAUAAUACAUCACGAUCACGCUGGGUAAAACGAGGAGCAAUAGUAGCUCACCCCUACGCUCCUCUGGGAGGCUGCUAUGAUGAUCCGGUGGUGAGCUUUAUCGGCGGAGAGCUUCUCCGGUCUGGAUAUGUUGUGGGCACGUUCAAUUUCCGAGGAGCUGGCGGUUCUGAAGGAAGGACUAGUUGGACAGCAAGGCCUGAAUUGGCGGAUUAUGUCUCUUUCUACGGGUUUAUGUUGCAUUAUCUGGGUUCGCUUGAGACAGAAGGCGAUGCUAAUAUCAUUCUUGGGGGUUAUUCCUAUGGGUCAAUGAUUGCUUCGAACCUCCCCGGUGUCGAUGCAGUCACGGAUAUCUUUGAAAACGCUCCCAACCACCGUGAAAUGGGUGCGAUCUGUCAGACGGCAAAGGAGAUGGCUACCUCGACAAACAGAUGUCUUACCAUGCAAGCUCGGUCGUCGUCACAGGAAGCAUUCAAAACAACUUCCCAUGGAAAAAUUUCUUAUCUUUUGAUAUCCCCCAUCUUACCACCCAUCAGCUCAUUCCUGACAUUAUUCGGCACCUUUUCCAUAGACAUUCAAAUGGGACCAUCCGCACCUGGAAAGCAUAUUCCCUGCCCGAAGCCAGCUGAUCAACUGUCUACACACGACACAUUGGUCAUCUACGGAAACGAGGACACUUUCACGCCAGCAAGCAAAAUACGGAAUUGGUCGAAUGGGAUUGCUAAGGUUUCGGGAAGUAAGCUUGAAUCUCACGAGAUCGACGGCGCUGGGCAUUUCUGGCGAGAGGACGGUGUCGAAUCACAGGCUAGAAGUGUUUUGAGGAAUUGGCUGAGCCGGAUUUCUUGA